AAACCCUCGAUUGUGUGUGCGCAUACGGUUGUAUUAUUAGCCAGGUACAUAUUGAAUUAUGUGAGAAAUCCAAAAUUAUGGACGAGGCAGCGACGCGCUUUCGUAUACGUGUCCCGGAAUCAACACCUAAAUAAUUAUUAUGGAUUUAUUGGUUAAAGCCGAGGAAACCGCAAAACGUUGUCUGGAACUGGAAGCCUGCACGACGGAUUGGACGAAAGUCAAAGAAACACGGGAUUGCAUUGUUUAUUCCAAACCAUCCCCGGAUCUGUCUGGACAUCACCUCUAUCGUUCGGAGGGAUUGAUUCCGUUCAGCCCGGAGAAAGUCUUCGCCUACACUUAUGCCGGUGUGGAGAAACCGAAGCGCGAAGAAUGGGAUCCCACAGUGACCAACACGGCUGUUAUCGAAAGAGUAUCCUCAGAUGUGGAUGUGAUAUUAUCCCAAACCGCCUCCGCCGUUAUGGGUCUGAUUGGAGCGCGGGAGUUUGUUGACCUGGUCAAAAUUAUACAUGAGCCGGAGCGUAUCAUCACCGCCGCCAUCAGCAUCGAACAUCCCGAUGUGCCGCAUUCCGCGCACCAUGUACGCGCCUUCAACCAUCCCAGCGCCACAUUUUGCUACAGAAUAUCGGGUAAGCCUGACGAAACCCGCUUCAUCCAGCUCGUGCAAACCGAUAUCCGCGGCAAAAUCCCCACAUCCCUGGUGGAAUCGGCCAUACCUUCCAACCUUGCCGGCACAUACUCUCACGUCAAAAGAGCCCUUGCCAAAGAAAAGUACUGAAUACGAGUACAAUACACAGAGAUCGGAACGAAUUCAUCCCGCUAAUUUAUUUGACAAAGUACAUAACUUUCAAUUUCAAUGGUCAUGAAAUAUUCAGCUUGUCACAAAGCCGAAAAAGGAUUAAUUUUGCAAACAAAGAACAUUAAAGGACUGCAAUACAAUAAAAGAAGGAAAACGAAACCGCUGUCACUUGAAGUUAACAGUAACCGAGUAAACUCAUUACGGAUAAUCCAGGCACGAUUCGAAAAAAAGUUAAAAUCGAACAAAAAGUUCCACAGUGUGCGUUACAAGAAAUGAGCCACAGAGAACAAAGAAAAAUUCAGAACCGAGACAGCCACUGUCACAUUAAUCAAAUACCCAAAACAGCACUACGACAUCCAUCAAACAGCCCCGCAUCAUCAUGCAUCGUGCACAGAAAUCCCGUGCGCA